UCUUUCCCUUUCCCAAAUAUCUUUUCCACAGUGCCCAACUUAGAGCAAAGAGCCAUGCUGAGUUUAUAAAUAGAAGAAGAGGAGGCCGCUUCACCAGAGCCCAACCCAACGGCCAUCUUUUGAGGGAGAGCCAAACCUUUUAUGUUCUCACACCACAAGAAGACUGGUAGGUUGUGAAUUCAAUGACUGUGAGUUAGGAGGGAGAGGAGGGGAGAAAGAAUCCACAUAGAAUUCUAAGAACCGUCUCCAUUCCUCUUUCCUUCCCCCUAUCACCUUGGAGAUGUUGGGCUCCUCUUCUAGAGGGGGAUUCUUGAAGGAGUUUCUAAUCAUCUCGGGCCUCUUCGGGGUGCAAGUUGUUUUUGGGGUUUACACGGUUAUCUUGAAUCGGAUUCUUGGCGACGGACUCAAUCCUUUGCUGCUCAUCGUGUUCGGGAACUUGACCACUUCCAUCAUCUUUCUUCCCUUUGCAGUCAUUUUUGAGAAGAAGAAAUGGCCUGCAAAGUUGAGUCCCACUUCCAUGGUUCAAUUUGUGCUGCUCGCCCUUGGAGGGCAUCAAGGCAUCAUCAUGUAAAUUUGAGCAUCAAGCAAACUUCUAUUUUCAAUGUUUCAUUGGUUUUUUUCCCGGAAAAGGAUAAAGGGCAGGCCCCACCCAAUUCAUUAGACGUCAUCUUAUUCCAGCAAUCGAAGACACCCAUGGGCUUUUAUCCAGGUUGCUGUGGAAUAGGCUGUGUUGUUGGAUGGCACCGUUGCCACGAAAAGCAUCACAGGCAUCUAACCCUCAGAGUUACCAUGUAUCAAGCUAUACUCUUACUGGGAAUAAAGAAAACAUCACCUGCCAUUGCCUCUGCCAUGCCGAACCUCGCUCCUGGCUUCAUCUUCAUCAUCGCAGCUUGCUUCAGGUUUGAGAAAUUUGAUAUAAGGUGCAAGUACAGUGGAAUCAAGAUCUUGGGGACCUUGGUGUGCUUGAGUGGAGCCAUAGUCAUGAGCUUCUUACAAAGCCCUUCGACCUCGCCCAUGCUGACAUCUAACAAGUUAUCCCUCUUGGGUGAGCACAUGAACAUGGCCAUCAACAAGGAAUGGAUGUUGGGAUGCUUCUAUCUCCUUGCAGCAGUUAUCAUCCUGUCUUGCAACACAGUUUUGCAGGCUGCAACAAUGCUCAGCUUUCCAGCACCAUUGUCCUUGUGUGUUAUAACCUCCAUGAUGGGCUCCAUUCUUACUGCAAUGCUGCAAUUCAUAGUAGAAGGCAGGAUAGACACUGGAUCUCCUACGAUUAGUGUCGCAAGCAUCAUUGCCCUUGUGCUUGGGGGAGGAGUGGUGAUAGGCGGAUGUGUUUCAUUUCAGACAUGGUGUGUCAAUAGAAAGGGUCCGGUCCUGGUGGCCAUCUUCAGCCCCAUCCAAACAGUCUGCUCUGCAAUUCUUUCAGCAGUUCUUUUUAGACAAACUAUCAGUUUGGGAAGCUUAGCAGGAAUAGUUCUCAUGUUUUCUGGCCUUUACUUGGUCUUAUGGGCAAAGAACAAUGAAGGUUUCAGUUUAGUUGAUGCCGGCGAGGACUCGACGCAGCCUACCGAUGAUAUCGAGAAGCCUCUGCUGUCUUAAGUUUUCUCCAAGUUAUUGUGUGAGUGGGACUUAAGAUGAAUGUGCAUAAGUAACUUUUUAAAAGGAGAGAGCAGCCAGAAGGCUCCCAUGCUACUCCUAUGUGUUGAUAUGUAAAGAAAAAAAUCUCUGAGUUAUGGAUUUUCUCUUGACAACUCUAAAACUGAGAUUGUAGAGGAAAAUGUAAAAGGGAAUGGUAAUGGAACUUCAAAAUACUUGUUAGGA